AUGUAUCUUGGCAGCAAUGCUUUCUCUACCGCAUCUGUUCCGCAGCGAGUCACGGUGGGCAAGAACGAGAACAUCAAGGCACUGCCGUUUAGUCUUGACAGGAACUCACUCCAGUAUGAGCUGAAAUGGUAUGAGCUUUGCUUUCAUAAGCGACAUGCCUGUAUGAUCAGGAAUAAGUAUCUGCCUUGCAUUCUUCAAAUGGCUAAGAAAAUUAAGGAUCAAAACAGGGUAGUAAAGUUUUACACUACUCGCGGGGGACGUGAUGGAUGGAGCUGUAAGGGGAAGGGGAUCAAUUUGGAUCACCCUAUGACUUUUGAUACGCUAGCAAUGGAUGGAAACCUCAAACAAAAAGUUACAGAGGAUCUUGAUAAAUUCAUCAAGGGAAAGGAGUGUUACAAGAGGAUUGGUAAAGUAUGGAAACGGGGCUAUUUGCUGUACGGCCCUCUCGGAACUGGGAAAUCAAGCUUGAUAGCAGCCAUGGCCAAUCAUCUUAAUUUUGAUAUCUACAACUUGAAACUGUCUGCUGUCAGUUCUGAUCCUUCCCUGGAGUUUUUGUUACUUCAAUAUGUCCAAUCAUUCAAUUCUUGUGGUGGAAGAUAUCGACUAUUCGAUAGAGCUACAGCUUCGUGA